AUGUCAAGUUUACUACCAUCAUCAUCUCAAAUGAAUACAAAUAUAAGUUCUGGUACUGGUACAUUACAACGUUCAUCAGUAAAUAAUGCAGCAGCAGAUGCAUUACGAAAAAAAAUGCAACAAUUACGAGAUGAACUUGAAUUAGUUAAAGAUGAUUUAGAACGUUCACGUAAAGAUUUUGAAAAAGAACGACAUGCUCGUGAACUAGCUGAAUCUGAAGUUAGUCAAUUAACGCGUAAACUUCAUUCAUUUGAAGAACAACUUGAACGUACAGAGGAACGAUUAAUACAAACAACAAAUAAACUUGAGGAAGCAUCGCAUACAGCUGAUGAACGAGAACGAACAAGAAAAAUGUUAGAAAAUCAAUUAAAUCUUGGAAGUGACCGUACAGAAAUGCUUGAAAUACAAUUAAAAGAAGCUCGUGGACUUGCUACAGAAUCGGAUAAAAAAUAUGAUGAAGUUGCACGAAAACUUUUAAUACAAGAAAAUGAACUUGAAAAAGCUGAAGAUCGAGCUAAACGAUCAGAAAUGAAAUGUGUUGAUUUAGAACAUGAAGUCAAAAAUCUUCAUCAUCAAUUAAAAUCGUUUUUGGCUCGUAUUGAUGAUGCUCAAAAUAAAGAACAAACUUAUGAAGAUCAAAUUCGUCGUGUUUCCCAACAUUUAAAAGAUGCUGAACGACGAUUAGAUCUUGUAUUUGAUCAACGAUAUAAACUACAAGAAUUUGCUGAAACUCGUGCUGAAUAUUCUACUAAACAAGUGCAACGACUACAGCGUGAAGUGGAUUUACUUGAAGAAGAAUUACAAAGUGAACGUGAUCGUUGUAAAACUCUCCAAAAUGAAAUGGAACGUUGUUUUUCUGAUUUACAAUUACUCUAA